AUGUCUCAGGCUGUUCUUCAGCCCAGCACCCAGACGAUGGCUCGAGCACUGGGGUUCCGGGACCAGAACCAGUUCGCUAUUCUCGAGGGCAGCGAUAGCAGCGAUCCUGGCACUGGCGACGACACUCCUCCUCCGGAUCCCCACGCAUCGCGAGUUCUUCGAUCCAUCGAUGUCGAGCAAGCGCAAAACACGGGAGAACUCACCCCCAAUGGCCUAGCCACCAAGCUGCAAGGCCUGCACCUACACACGCCCACCAAAGAAGCUCCCGAGAGCAUUCUUAAGGGACGUGGCCGCCGGUCCCGACCACCAAUUGGCUCCGAGACCUUCCAGACUCCAGAAGGUGUGAAAGAGAAACACGCCCACUUCGCAAUACCGCCGGCGGUAUCGGAUUCUCUUGAUGAUCAGAGCACACAAUUGCGCAAAGAAAACGACCCGGUCACCUGCCGCGCCUCCAACUUUCAAACAACUCAGCUAGAGAAGCAUACCGCGGGCCAGUUCGACUACGUGCUUCGCGUGCCGCUGAGCCCCGUUGGGACAGAGACAGAAACCGGCUUGGAUGCCCAGCCCUGCGUACAGGACCGAUACCUCUACUUUGGAUGUAACGUCUUGGAACGGCGGACACGCUCAGCAAGCGCAUCUAGCCACCAGUCUCGUCAAGCUGGUUCUUACACCGUGGUAGCAGUUCCGACCGACGAUCACGAGAAGCCAUUGGCAGACGAGGACGCACUCGAAAGCAAGACCAUCAUGGCAACGAGUUUCGAGAAUGCUUCUAGCCCGGCAGGUGCCAAGAGGCCGCCAGAGCUGCAGCUAGAGUCGAGUGCGCAUGACCGUGUCUCGCCCAAGGCUCUCAAGAAGGCGGACCGCUGCAGCCUCCGCUCGCCUGGCAAUCCUCUUGCGCGAAUCGAGGACAGCUUCGAGGCAAUCGACCACCUCGAAGAGCAGCUUGAGGCUCUCCAUGCCGUUGUUCAAGUCAAGAGGGUGCCCUCUCCCGAUAAGAUGCCGUCAACGGCAGCGGUAGACGACCAUCUGACGGUGCCCGGUGGCGGGCUUUCGAGAACCUUGUCGACUCAGAAAAAGAUCAUGUCCAAGUCUGCAUCCGUACGUAUCAAGACAACGCAGCCCUCUGGAUCCAAAUCGCUACGCAGGUCGUCAUCGGCCAUCUUUGCCAAGGAGAACGAGCGGGAGCCCCCCAAAUCUGCGGAGAAGAAGCCAGUGGUCGCACGACCAGCUAGCCUCCUCCCACCGAAACCAUUGGCAAAGUCUGGCAAGCCUCCCACGAUGCCGACAUUUGAGCUGCCCGGCGAGGCUGUAGCUCGAAGACUGAAGGAGCAGCGUGAGGCCCGGCUGGCACAACCGCCGGUGGAGAAGCCCUUGGCUCCAUCGCCCCAACGGGCAAAGUCGCUGAAGGCGCCUACGCGGCCCAACUUUGAGCUCCCUGGAGAAGCCAUAUCACGCCGGAAGAGGGAGGAACGUGAAGCUCGGCUCAAGAUGCAAGAGGAGGAGGAGCGCAAGAGGCGCGAAUUCAAGGCGAGGCCUGUGCGCCAUAGCAUCGCGCCCGGCUCGUAUCCCCGAGAGACGAUUACCAGCCGUGCUCGACAGCAGAACAAGCCAGCCUCGGCAGAGGCCGUGUCACCGGCCACAACCCCAAAACGUCAAUCGGUUGCCGCUCCAGGUGGGCAGGGACUUGCGGUAGCGGGGAUGUCGUCGCAGAAUCGAGGCCGCUGCUCGGCGCUUGGCUCUCCGUCGACGGCACAGGCCAGCAGGGCGACGUCGACAUCGACAGGGAGCGUCAGCGGCAAGCGUAGCAACGUGUCAACCGACGACGUGAGCCAGCAGCGGCAGCGGGGCAAGGAGAUCGUGCAGCGGGACAACAGCUACUCGCAGGAGCGCGAGCGGGAGAAGCGCGAGCGAGAGGAGGCUGCUAGGAUCGCCCGACAGGAGGCUGCCGAGCGCUCGCGGCUGUUGAGCCGAGAAUGGGCCCUGAAGAAGAAGCUGAAGGGUAUGGUCGGAGGCUCGUCACCGUCACGAGCCCAGCCGGUUUGA